ACUCAUUUCUCUUUCACUGAAAAUUUUCUUAGAGAAGAAGAAGAAGAAGCAAAAUGGCCACAAGCGCAUCAGCUUUGCUCUCACCAACCACAUUCUCCACUGCAAUCUCCCACAAAAACCCUAACUCCAUCUCAUUCCAUGGCCUCCGUCCUCUCCGUCUCGGUGGCUCUUCCUCCGCCUUACCUAAACUAUCAACCACCUCCGGAAGAAAAUCAUCCUCCGCUGUCGUGAGAGCUGAGCUAAGCCCUUCCAUCGUCAUAAGUCUCAGCACAGGUCUCUCCCUCUUCCUUGGCCGUUUCGUCUUCUUCAACUUCCAGAGAGAGAACGUCGCGAAACAAGGCUUACCGGAGCAGAACGGAAAAACCCAUUUCGAAGCUGGAGAUGAUCGUGCUAAGGAAUACGUCAGCCUCUUGAAAUCGAACGAUCCAAUUGGAUUCAACAUUGUUGAUGUUCUUGCUUGGGGUUCUAUUGGACACAUCGUUGCUUACUACAUCUUGGCUACUUCCAGCAAUGGAUACGACCCAAGCUUCUUUGGAUGAUUCAUUUCAAUCUCUCUUCUCUCGUAUAUGUAUAUGUUUGACUUGUGUUGCAAGCUAUCUAAUCUGUUCUCUAUCUCUGUUUCUUCACAUUCCUCUGUUGUUGUUGUCUAAGACUUUCCCUUUAUUUCUCCAUUUACAAAGAUUGGUUUGCAGAGUUUUAAGAAGAACAUAAUAGUAUACACUAUGGAAACAGAGAGAUGAAAUCACAUUUUCACUUACGCUCAAGAUUUCGAUUU